AUGAAGCCGUUGCUGUCCGAGUACCGGAACCUCGUCGUUCUCCGGACCUUCAGUAAGUGGGCCGGCUUGGCUGGUCUCCGCAUCGGCGCCGGCGCCAUGGAUUGCCGAGCUCAGCCGCGCACCAUGAUGGGCAUGAAGCCGCCGUACAACGUCAACCUCGCCGCCGAAGUCGCCCUCCUGGCCUCCUUGUCCGACACCGGCAUCCUCCUGGAUCGCGUCGACGCCAUCGUGAAAGAACGCGGCAGAAUGUAUCGGUUGCUAUGCGAAAUCCCCGGGAUCACCGUGUGGCCCUCCCAGGCGAACUUUAUCCUUUGCAAGAUGCCUGAUGGUCGCGGCCUGGAAGUGUACGAAGCCAUGUGCCGGCGCGGGGUUUUCCUGCGCUACUUCGACAACGAUCUCCUGCGCGACUACAUCCGCUCCAGCGUUGGCAAGCCCGAGGAGACCGACGCCGUGGUCGCCGGCUUCCGCGCUGCCCUCGGGGUGGACUAA